AUGCGUUUCCUUUGCUUCAAAUCCCGUGAAUUUUCCACUCUAAAUCCAGUCCAAUCUCUUGUUUUGCUUAAUUCCAAAAUCAAAACAUUUAUCCAACAAGGAAACCAUUUUGAAGCUCUCUUAGCCUACUCUAAAGAACCUCAUUUUCCUCUCAACACCUCCAAAUUCACUUUUCCUGCUCUCCUAAAAGCUUGCGCCUUUCUUCCAAAUCUUCAUACUGGGAAAACAAUCCAUGGCACAAUCAUCAAAACGGGUCUUCAAUAUGACCCUUUUAUCAUCACUUCGCUCAUCAACAUGUACGCGAAAUGCCGGUCACUUUGUAGUGCAGUCCAAGUGUUUGAUUUUAUUUCUGAAUGUAAAGAUUUGGUUCAAGAUGUAACUAUAUGGAAUGCUAUGCUAGAUGGGUAUAUCAGAAAUGGGCUUACUGAGGAGUGUAUGGGUUUGUUUAGAAGAAUGCAAGAGCUUGAUGUCAAGUCUGAUGAGUACUCUCUUAGUAUUCUUUUGGGGUUGUUUAAUGGUCGUGUCGAUUUUGUCAAAGCAAAGGAACUUCAUGCUUAUGUUGUUAGAAACGCUUUCGGUCAUGAUCCUUUUGUGGUUACUGCAUUGAUUGAUAUGUACUCUAAUUGUGGUAGGCCAAGAGAUGCUUGGUGCGUUUUUGAGAGUGUAGAAGACAAGGACAAUAUUGUCAUGUGGAAUGCAUUAAUUGGUGGGUUAUGUGAGAAUGGAUUAUGGGGAAAAAGCUUGGAACUAUAUACUUUAGCUAAGAACAGGGGCUGCAAACUUAUGUCAACGACUUAUUCUAGUACUUUGAAGGCUUGUUCUGAGGGUGAAGAUAUAGAUUUCGGCAGGCAGGUUCAUUCGGAUGUUGUCAAGAUGGGUUUUGAGGAUGAUCCUUAUGUCUGUACAUCGGUGUUGUCCAUGUAUGCAAGGGUUGGAAUGUUGGAAGAUGCAGACAAGGCUUUUGAUUCUGUAUUAAAUAAAGAGGUUGAAGUGUGGAAUUCUAUGAUUUCAGCUUAUGUAGGCAAUGUCAGAGGCGAUGAUGCUCUGCGUGUGUAUAAUGAGAUGCGAUCAAGAGGCAUUCCUUCUGAUUCUUUCACCCUGUCAAAUAUUCUUAUAUCAUGCAGCACGAACGAAUCUUAUGAUUUAGGUAGGGCAAUUCAUGGCGAACUGAUAAAGAAACCAAUACAGAAUAACAUCGCGUUGCAAAGUGCUCUAGUGACUAUGUACUCAAAAUGUGGAAUGUUAAAUGACGCUCUUGAAGUUUUCAGUAGAAUGGAGGAGAAGGAUGUGGUUGCAUGGGGCUCAAUGAUCUCAGGUCUUUGUCAAAAUAAGAAAUUCAAGGAGGCAUUGGAAAUAUAUAAACAGAUGGAGACUGAUAAUGUUAAUCCAGAUGCUGAUAUAAUGGCAAUGAUGAUAAAUGCAAGUGCAGGACUAGAAAGCUUACAGUUAGGUUGCUCUAUCCAUGGAAUCACAGUCAAGAUUGGAGUAGAAUUAGAUUGUUCAGUAAGCAGUUCUCUUGUAGAUAUGUAUUCUAAUUGUGGUCAGCCGGAGAUAGCUGGAAAGGUUUUCACUGGUGUUCCUAAUAAGAGUUUGGUGCUUUGGAACUCUCUGAUCACUUGCUAUACGAAAAAUGACUUACCUGAGCUCUCUUUAAAUCUUCUUCCUCAACUUGUGCAGCAAGGAUUGUAUCCGGACUGUGUUACACUUACUAGUGCCCUUGCUGCUGUUUCAUCUUUAGCGAUACUGAUUCAAGGAAAGGCAAUUCAUUGUUACCAAAUAAGGCAUCAAAUUCUAGAAGACAAUCAAGUGGAAAAUGCACUAAUUGAUAUGUAUAUAAAAAGUGGAUGCUUAAGGUAUGCAGAGCGUAUAUUCCAGUACGUAUCCACAAGAAACUUAGUAACAUGGAAUACGAUGAUUGCAGGGUAUGGAUCUCACAGUGAGUGCAGUAAAGCUAUUAACUUGUUCAAUGAAACGAGGAAAUACGGAGUCAAGCCUGAUGGCAUAACUUUCCUUUCCUUAAUUUCCUCUUGCAACCAUGCUGGUUUAGUGGAUGAAGGCUUUAAACUAUUUCACUUAAUAGAAGAGUAUGGAAUAAAACCUCAAAUGGACCACUACAUAAAUGUGGUGGACCUUCUAGGUCGUGCUGGACGCUUGAAUGAUGCAUAUAAUUUCAUACAAAAUAUUGUGGUGGAGCCUGACCGGGGCGUGUGGCUUUGCCUUUUGUCAGCCUCUCGAGUCCAUAAAAACGUAGAGCUUGGAGAAAUAGCUGCCAAUAACCUUCUGAAGAUGGAACCUAACAGAGGUAGCAAUUACGUUCAACUUUUAAAUCUCUAUGUGGAAGCUGGGCGGAGGGAAGAAGCAGCAAGUUUGAGGGCUUUGAUGAGGCAGAAAGGUUUGAAGAAGAACCCUGGAUGUAGUUGGAUUGAGGUGAAAAAUAAACUUGAUGUUUUCUUCUCAAGUGAUUCAUCAUCGCCAAGGUCAAUUGAGAUCUAUGAGACACUGCAAAGUCUCAGAAGUAUCAUGAAAAACGAAGGAGAUUAUGAGAUUGAGGCAAUAUGA